UGCUACGGCAAAGCUUGAGCUGGAUGGAUGUGAUCACAUCUUUUCUUCUCUUCCUUAAUAUGUCUUCACCCCAAUGCUGACUGCUUUUUUGUUGUCCAUCCUCAAAUGUCCCAGCUAGAAAGAAUCCUGGGUUGGAGAUAUUGCUUGUUGAUGAUUUUGGUUUUGGUUUUGGCUGUUUGUUUUGUUGGCUUCCAUAAGGGAAUCUGACACAAACAGCAACUGGUUGUUGCUUUUUUUUUUUUACAUCUUUGCCCGAGGAGCUGUGCCAAGUCCUCAUAUCAAGUACAGAACAUGCUUUUCCUCCGGCUAAUGUUGAGCCUGGGAUUGCAGCUUCAUCAGACAGCAGCUUUAUUUACAGUGACAGUCCCUAAGGAGUUGUACAUAGUAGACUAUGGCAGCAAUGUGACCCUGGAGUGUGAUUUUGACACUGGAGGUCAUGUGAAACUUGAAGCAAUAAAAGCUACUUUGCAAAAGGUGGAAAAUGAUACAUCCUUGCCUACUGAAAGAGCCACUUUGCUGGAGGAGCAGCUGCCCCUGGGGAAGGCCUUAUUCCACAUCCCUCAAGUCCAAGUGAAGGACGAAGGGCAGUACCGCUGCGUGAUCAUCUAUGGGGUCUCCUGGGACUACAAGUACCUGACUCUGAAAGUCAGAGCUUCCUACAAAAAAAUAAACACUAGCAUCCUAAACAUCCGAGGGACAGAUGAGGUGAAGCUCACCUGCCAGGCUAGAGGUUAUCCCCUGGCAGAAGUGUCCUGGCCAAACGUCAGUGUUCCUGCCAACACCAGCCACAUCAGGACCCCUGAAGGCCUCUACCAGGUCACCAGUGCUCUGCGCCUAAAGCCCCACCCUGGAAGAAACUUCAGCUGUGUAUUCUGGAACACUAACGUGAAGGAGCUUACUUCAGCCAUCAUCACUGACCCUGAAAGUCGGAUAGAUCCCGAGGUCACUCCAACUUCGCUGCUUCACAUUUUCAUCCCUUCCUGCACCAUUGCUUCAAUUUUCACAGCCACAAUGAUAGUCCUAAGAAAAUGGCUCUUCCAAAAGCUCUAUUCUAGAAAAGACACAACAAUAAGAUCUGUCACCACAAUAAAGAAGGAAGUGAAUAGAGCUAUGUGAACCUGUGGUAUUGGGAGCCGGGGUGACCUGAUGGGACAUCCUCAAAAGGCUUCUGGACUCUGAACAAGGAUCCUCUGGCCUGCAGAGCUUGCCAUUUUCACUUUUCAAGUGCCUUUGGAUAACUCAGCACUUUAAUCUGGAGUCUGCAACAAGACCGGGCAGCACCUGGCCCAUGGUGUGCCCAGAAGUCAAGCAGCCUGCCACUUCAUUGAUCUGGCCCUCACCUCUGCGGCUUGUGGCCCCUGAGCAAGCACUAUUGCACUUUAGAAAAUUACCCCACUGGAUCCUGGACGCCAGCAAGUGUCUGGAGGCUCCUUCUCGCUGCCAGACUAAAACCAAAGGGAAUUCUUUCCCCCUAAAUUUCCAAAGUGAUUUCCAGAAGCAGAGAUAUGUGGAAAUGUCCAGUUAUAGAAACUGACAAGUUGCCAAUAGUUAUUUUUAAUCUAUAAUUUCCUCAGGAAGAGCCUCUUGAGACUCUGAGCCCACAGAUAGGGCUUUGCACAAACUCAAGCCAUAACUGACAUGUUUUAUGGCUUGCUGGAAAUCUUGGUAGCAUCUGAAGUUGUUCUAAUUAACAGAAGGUGUUUAAGUACACACUAAGUGCUCAAAUUGUGGAGUAAAGACAUCAAGCACUUUGUUGUUGUUGUUGAGGUAUA